AUGAAUGUCCGUCUUGCCGAGCAGGAAACAAACAUUCAAAAUCUAGAGGCCAUGCGCGACGAGCUCACAGCAUUGCAGCAGGAUGUGAAUGACAUGCAGGUUGAAUCUUGCAGUCGUGAGGAACAGCUCCGGACUGCCAAGGCCAAAUUGGCUGAGCAAGCACAUUCCACAUCCAUCCUGCAGGAAGCUUACGAGUCCCUUCGGCAACGUGUCAUGCCCAAUGUGUCAAUCCCUCCCGCAUUCACUACAGUACACCCUACAGUCAGGGUUUCAGUGCAGGGCCAAGCACAGGCAAUGGAACGCUUGUACACAAACAUCACUCCGGGUCCCUCCACUGCCGCUGGAACGUCUCUUGCCCAUGCCGCCAGUAGUUCUGGCCAAAAUGGUGUUGCUGGUUCUUCAACUAAUCAGAACGCCGGCAGUUCUCACCUGAGACAGGUCUUUAGUGAAUCUGCAUCUGGAACUGGUCCAUUGUAG